AUGGCGUUCACUCUGUACUCCCUGCUGCAGGCCGCCCUGCUCUUUGUCAAUGCCAUCGCCGUACUAUAUGAGGAGAGGUUCCUGAGCAAGAUUGGCUGGGGAGCAGACCAGGGGAUUGGCGGAUUUGGUGAGGAGCCGGAAAUCAAGUCGCAGCUGAUGAACCUUGUGCGGUCAGUACGGACAGUAAUGAGAGUUCCACUAAUAAUGGAGAACUCAAUAUCGAUCGUGCUACUUCUGUUGUUCGGCUAG